UCCAGAAAACGACAAAACCAGCCAUCCCUAUCUCCCAGAUUUCAGUUGCUGACGUGGCAUUAACCGGCAGAAAAAACAGUUAGCUCCUCUCAGAAGAGAGAGAGAGAGAGACCCCUUUCGCGUGCUUUCGCGUGUUGCCAAUUUUCAAACGAAGCUCCGCGAAUUCCAGCUCAGAAAAAAAACCAAGGCAUUGUCUCUCGCCACCGCCGCCCUCUCAUCGCACCCCUCAGCUCCGCCGAUUCCCUCCGCCGCGGCUCCGGCGACCCCGACAUCUCCCGAAACGGUUAGGUUUUUCGCGUUCUCCGAGGAUUCCUCGCAAUGUCGCUCGUUUCGAAUCGCGCCGCGCCGUUCCGACCUGCAUUUGCGGCGUUCGCGGCGCUCCGUUAGAGAGAGCCCGAGGAAUUUCCGAGGCUCCGGCGUGGACGCGUUUUCUAGGGUUUUUUUCGAGCUGAAAGUGGUGACUGGAGGAACCGGAGGCGAAUUUUCCCUGCGGUUAUAUGAACCGUACGGUGCCGUUGAGCUAUGGGGUAGAUGAGAGGAGCUUCUCUUGGUUAAUUUGAAAGCGCUGAAUCGGGUUUCAUGGGGAGAGGUUGGACGUUGCUUUAUGGUAUAUGCUUUGUUUUGGGUUGUUGUUCAAAUGGGUAUUGGGUCCAUUCUUGGGAAGCGACUCUUAUUGCAACUUGAAUGGCUGAUCCUCAGAAAACUGGUGUUGUCGAGAGAGAUAUCGAGCAGGCAAUUACAUCUCUUAAGAAAGGCUCAUAUCUGCUGAAGUACGGGCGAAGAGGGAAGCCGAAGUUCUGCCCGUUUAGGCUUUCCAAUGACGAGUCUCUACUCUUAUGGUACUCUGGCAAGGAAGAGAAACAGAUAAAGCUCAGCACAGUUUCAAGGAUCAUUCCUGGGCAGCGAACUGCAACAUUUCAGCGGUAUCCACGGCCUGAAAAGGAAUAUCAAUCAUUUUCUCUUAUAUACAAUGAUAGGUCCUUGGAUUUGAUAUGCAAGGACAAAGAUGAAGCUGAAAUCUGGUUUGUUGGUCUUAAGGCAUUAAUUACUCGAGUUAACAGUCGCAAGUGGAGAUUUGAAUCAAGAACUGAUGACAGUCUGUAUACUGAAAGUCCAAUUUCUAGCACAAGAAGAACAGCCACUCCAUCAAUUACACCAUUUUCUGACCCUGGUGUUGCUGGCACUGGCAGAGGUGCUUGUGAUUUGCAAAAUAGAUGGGUAAAGGCUUUCUCUGAAAUAAUUUCUUACACUGCAGCUAGCAAGAGCUGCAGUCAAGCUGAAUCAAUUGCAAAUUCCUCUUUAUCCUCUGGGUCUGUGGAUAACUCAAGCAAUCGAAAUUCUGCAUCUGAGGCAUAUCGAGUUAGUUUAUCUAGUGCUGUAAGUUCCUCCAGCCAGGGUUCUUAUCAUGAAGAUUUUGAUGCUCUAGGUGAUGUUUUUAUUUGGGGAGAAGGUAUUGGCAAUGGAAUUCUUGUUGGUGGUGUACAUAGAGUUGGAGCCUUAUCUAGUUCUGAGAUGGAUGCAUUCCUUCCCAAGGUAUUGGAAUCAAAGUCAGUUCUAGAUGUUCAUAGUAUUGGUUGUGGCUACAGACAUGCUGUUCUAGUUACCAAGCAGGGAGAGAUAUUUAGUUGGGGGGAGGAGUCAGGAGGUAGGCUUGGCCAUGGUGUAGAAAUGGAUGUUUUUCAGCCUAAGCACAUUGACACUCUUAGUGGCAUGAAUAUUGAGUUAGUAGCAUGUGGAGAAUAUCAUACUUGUGCUGUUACUUAUUCUGGGGAUCUUUAUACAUGGGGUGAUGGUACUCACAAUUCUGGCAUGCUUGGGCAUGGAAAUGAAGUCAGUCACUGGAUUCCUAAGAAAGUAAGUGGUAACUUGGAGGGCUUACGUGUAUCAUAUGUGUCUUGUGGACCUUGGCACACAGCUAUUGUUACAUCAGCUGGGCAGUUGUUCACAUUUGGUGAUGGAACUUUUGGUGCCUUAGGCCAUGGAGAUCAUAGUAGCACAAAUGUUCCUCGGGAAGUAGAAACUUUGAAAGGUUUGAGAACAACCAGGGUUGCAUGUGGUGUUUGGCACACUGCUGCAGUUGUUGAGGCAAUAAAUGAAUCUGUGGAAUCUUCUAUACGCUCAUCUAGUGGAAGACUGUAUACCUGGGGUGAUGGAGAUAAAGGCCAACUUGGACAUGAAGAUAGGGAAUCUAGAUUGGUUCCCAAGUGUGUAAUUGCAUUGAGUAGUGAAAACAUUUGUCGAGUGGCUUGUGGACACAGUCUUACGAUUGCUUUGACAACGUCAGGACAUGUAUAUACAAUGGGAAGUACAGCUUAUGGACAACUUGGCUGUCCUGCAUCAGAUGGGAAAGCCCCUAAACGUGUUCAAGAUAAAAUUGCUGACAGUUUUGUUGAAGAUAUUGCCUGCGGUUCAUAUCAUGUUGCAGUCCUGACCUCCAAGGCCGAGGUUUACACAUGGGGAAAGGGUUUGAAUGGGCAAUUAGGCCAUGGAGACAAUGAUCACAGGAAUAAACCCACAAUUGUUGAGUUUUUAAAAGAUAAACAAGUGAAAAGCAUUUUUUGUGGUUCAAACUUUACUGCUGUUGUAUGUCUUCAUAAAUGGAUACCAAGUGUUGAUCAUUCUACAUGUUUUGGAUGUCGUAAUCCAUUUAAUUUUAGAAGAAAACGUCAUAAUUGUUACAAUUGUGGACUUGUGUUUUGCAAUUCAUGCACCAGCAAGAAAUCUAUGAAAGCUUCCCUUGCUCCUAAUUCCACCAAGCCGUAUCGAGUUUGUGAUGACUGUUAUCUUAAACUUAAGAAGACUGCUGAAUCAGUAUCCUCGGUGCAAACAACUAGCUUGAGAAGUGUGAGUUUUCAAGACAAUAGAGCAACUAAAAUACAGGGAGCACUGUUAAGGCUUUCCUCUUUUGGUUCUAUUCUUCAAACAGAAAGUAGUCAAUCAAAGCUUCCAGAUUCACAAUAUAGCCAUCUUUUCCCAGCUUUGAAUGGAAAAUUACAGCCGAAGGGUUUUUCUCCCUCAAAAUCAUCAAAUUCUCUUUCUGUGGAUUCUAGGAAACACCGUUCAGUUUCUGAGCCUGCUACAAGAUUAUCUUGUCAAUCAACAUCUCCAGUUUCAUCAAAGUCAAGUCCAAGACAAUCUUAUGAAGAUAUCAAUGAUGAUUUAAAGCGCAAAAAUGAUAUUUUAAGUCAAGAAGCUAUAAGUUUGAGAACACAGAUUGAAGAUCUUACUCGUAAGUCAAAAAGUUUAGAGGCUGAACUUGAGAGAACAUCAAAACAAUUGAAGGAGGUGACUGCAGUAGCUGCAGAUGAAGCUGGAAAGUGUAAAUCAGCAAAAGAGGUCAUAAAGUCAUUGACUGCACAGUUGAAGGAAAUGGUGGAAAGAGUACCAGAAGGACAUAAUGCUGACUCCAGUUCAGAGCUCUGUGCUGAAACCACUAAUAGUAUUCUAGAUCAUUCCUUAGAUGAGAUCCAUAUAAGAAACGCUGUCAUUCCCAAAAAUGAAGGCAGCAGCAAUGUAGCAAAUCAGAUAUUAUCUAAUGGUGCCAAAACACAAAGUGGGAAGGCAGAGUGGGUAGUGCAAGAUGAACCAGGUGUGUACAUAAGUUUGUGCUCCCAGCCAGGUGGUGGUAAUGAGCUUAAGCGAGUUCGCUUCAGUCGAAAGCAUUUCACAGAAGAACAAGCUGAAAAGUGGUGGGCCGAAUAUGGAACCAAAGUAUUGGAGCGGUACAAUAUAGUUUCUUUAUAGGGCAAGAGAAUCUGAACCUGGGAACAAAAAACUCACCCUUCUCCUGUGACGCUAUGGAAACAGUAAAUUCUUUUCCAUUCUCCCUCUUCCAAAAUUAACAAGGAUCUUUUGUCCAAAAUUGACAGGUAGGAUACGAAAUUAUGGGAAAAAACCUCAGUAGGAAGGAAACUUAUAUAUAACUUUCCAGAAAAAUGCAACUAAAACCUCCCAACCCUCACCUCCCCCACUCCACCAAAAAAAAAAAAAAAGACGAAAGCAGCGGAGGAAAGUUUUCUUUACUGUAUUUACUGACGAGUGUGGGGCAAUUCAGCUGUUUGUUUUUUGGUACAACAGAGAAAAUGCGUGUAUGUUUACUUGCAGCUGAGGAUUCUUUUGUUCAGUUUCUUUUGCCCAUUGUAUAGCUACUUCUCUUGCCAACCUAGUAAUCUCACUGCAUUUUUUCAGCAUGCU